AAGGGGCUGGGUUAUGUGCCGUCUUUGUAUUUCAUUAAUAACUGAAACAGAAGCUAUCUCACUGUGAAUGAGCGAAAGGCUGAAACGAGAAAAGAAAAUGACACUCAAAAUGGGGUGGAGCGGAGCCAUCUGCCAAGGUUUUUUCUUGCUCAUUUGCCUUCUUGUCUAUGUUGAAGCAGUGCCUGUAGCUAUAGAUAAAACCAAGAUAAACCCACCAGAGGAACAAAAAGAAGAAAAAGAAAAAGAAAAUUCAGAUACUGGACUAUAUUAUGACCGUUACCUCAGGGAAGUCAUUGAUGUUCUGGAGACAGACCAGCAUUUCAGAGAAAAGCUUCAGAACACAGAUAUGGAAGAUAUCAAGGCAGGAAAACUAGCCAAAGAGCUUGAUUUUGUAAGUCAUAAUAUAAGAACAAGGCUGGAUGAAAUGAAAAGGCAGGAAGUGAACAGGUUACGGACCCUGAUUAAAGCCAAACAGGAUGUGGAAAUUGGAAAAGGCCUGGCUGUGGAUCAUGAAUCACUGUUGAAACAGUUUGAAUACCUCAACCAUGGGAACCCACAUACCUUUGAGAUUGAAGAUUUGAAUAAGCUUAUUACAACGGCAACCAGUGACCUGGAAAACUUCGACAAGGAACACCACGAUGAGUUUAAGAGGUAUGAAUUGAUGAAAGAACACGAAAGAAGAGAAUAUCUGAAGGCUCUAGAUGAAGAGAAGAGGAAAGCAGAAGAGAAGCAUUAUGAAGAAAUGAAAAAGAAACAUGCUGACCACCCCAAAGUAAAUCACCCGGGAAGCCAGGACCAGUUGAAGGAAGUCUGGGAGGAAACUGAUGGACUGGAUCCCCUUGACUUUGACCCAAAGACUUUCUUCAAAUUACAUGAUACUAAUGGUGAUGACUUUCUUGAUGAGCAGGAACUGGAAGCACUGUUUACCAAAGAGCUGGAGAAGAUGUAUGAUCCAAAAAAUGAAGAAGAUGACAUGGUGGAGAUGGAGGAAGAGAGGAUCAGAAUGAGGGAACAUGUCAUGAAUGAGGUUGAUGUAAACAAGGAUCGUCUAGUUUCACUAGAAGAGUUUUUAGUUUCAACUGGAAAGAGAGAGUUCUUAGAGCCAGAUAGUUGGGAGACUCUGGAACAGGUUCCAGCUUUUACUGAAGAGGAAAUGAAGGAAUUUGAACAGCAUCUGGCUGAACAAGAACACGACCUAAAAAAUAAAGCAGACACUCUUAAUAAACAAAGAGAAGAGCUAGAGAGGCAACAGGAGCGACUUAAUGCCCAGAAAUUAGAGCUUCAAAAGGCUGUUGAACAUAUGGAUAAGUUAAAAACUCAACAGGAACAACCUCCCCCAGGAAACAACAAAGAACAGGCUGAAGAUGGAGGACACCCUAUAGAAAGUAAUCAGCCAUUGUCUACAGGUCAUCAUGAGGAACAGACAAAACCACAUCAAUAACCUUUUGUGCCUUUUUUUUGUUUACAUAUCAUAUGUGUGUAUGAAAUGGUAGACGCACACAAUGUUCAAAUGAUUUACAAUAUUAAAUUUUUUUUAUUUAAUUUGAACAUAAAAAACAUUACGUCUCUACCCGAUUAUAACCUGACGAUUUUACAGUUUAACAUUGAGCUAUUAUAAUGCUAAAUGAUUGUGUUUCAACGUGUCACAAAUGGGGUACUCUACCAAAUGCUAAAGAGGACAGCUCUUACUGUAACAUACACAAGAACCCAAGUUAUGUUUGACCCUGUGAAUCCGUUAAGAGUGUGCUGUCUGUUGAAAGCACAAUCAGAUCCAUACGGGUUGUUUUUUCAUUUUGUAGAGAUCAUGUGGUGCAAUAUAUUUUAAUUUCUGUUUCUAAGCAGUUAGUUUUAGGUGCUCACGUUAUUAUUUUUAUCUUAUUUCAUUGGAUUGCCUUUAAUUUCAUUUUCAGCUUGUGUUUUUUUUUUUUAAUAAUUCUGAAUUGAAUAAUACAAAGUAUGCCACUUGACUUUUUACCCUUUUAUCCUGGUAAACCUUUUGUGCAAUGAAAUAAAGAAUAUGGACCUUCAACUGCAGAAUGAGUUGAAUCCUCAGCAAUUCUGUUUGUGCUGCCUGAUAUUUGAAGCUAUAUAUAUAUAUAUGCUGCAGUAUUUUCGUAAUUUCUAAACAUGACAAAGUACUCUUGAAUUUAAAGAAGUCUGUACUACGUUGCCUUUUGAUGCCAUUAAAAUUAAGGACCAAAAUCUGACUUAACUUUGGCACUGCACUGUAUGUAAAUAUGCUGUAGGAAUUACUGGUCUCAAAAGUAUUUGUAGAAAAAUAAUAUAUAUUUUGAGAAGAAUGCACAGGACUGCCAGCCAAUUUAAAGUUAGAAAUCUGUUUAAAUUGAAAGGGACAUUGAAACUAUUCAAAUGAUUUGAAAUGGUUUUGUUUUCAAUUCAUUUUUAAAUGUUUAAUUUAUUUUAAGCUUAUUUGUUAAAAUGUAUUGUGUAUGAAAUGGAGGUCAGUUGGUAUGUCAGAAUCCAUUGUUGUUUUAAAUAAAUAAAAUAAAGCAUUUGAGAAUUCAA